AUGGAAGCCUACACCAUCCUUCCCCUCACUCCCCCCGAUCUCGACACUAUGACCCAUCUCGUCUGGCUCUCCAAACAAUCGCUUACCGUUAACCGACUCCUGUAUCAGAACUGGCCGAAUGAAGCAGCGCAAAGAGCGCAAUGUCGAAAGGCGGUGGAAAAUUCCAUGCAAUGUAAAGAUGUGCAGAGUUGGAAGGUUGUACACAAGGAAAGUGGCGAGAUGGUGGGUCACGUUGCGAUGAAAUUUUAUGGUGAUGCUGGGCAAAAAGAUGUGGGAGGUGGCGGAGAGGUGCCGGACGGAAUGCAUCCGGGGGUUUAUGAGAUGGUGGUUGAUAGUAUGACGGACUUGUGGGAGGAUUGGGGUGGUGUUAGACAUUUGCAAUUAACGCACAUAUUUAUCUUGCGAGAACAUCGCGCUCACGGGUUGGGAAAGGAACUUGUUAGGCUAUGUGUUGAGGCUGCUAAGGAUAGGGGGUUGGCGUUGACAGUCGGGUCUGAACCGCAGGUUCAUGGAUUCUUUGGGAAGAUGGAGUUUAAGGAUUUUAAGCACUCAGAGUGGGAUUUGGAGAGGUGGGCUGAUGAGUUUUGUGGAUUUGGGAAGUUUAGGGUUUGGGGUAUGGCUGUGGAAUGA